UUGUUGGUAAACUCGUGAUCAAAAGUAGGUUGAACGAGACGAAACGGUGUCAUCAAAGUAAGCUACGCUGUUGUGUAGCAAGAUGAAGCUUUGCAUCUUGUUGUCGUUUCUGCCUCUGAUAUACGGUCAUGGAUCGUAUGGUAACCUGAAGCUAGUAGGAGGCUGGGAAAAUGCGGAUAUCAGUAAGGAUGACGUCCAAAAUAUGGCCGAAUUUGCUCUUGACACGGUGAAUGCAAAGGAAAACUCUCAGAGACAAAUGGUUACGAUUGAGUCAGCAACAACGCAGGUUGUGUCUGGGAUCAACUAUAAGAUUGUUCUUCGUGUUACAAAUGGAGGGACAGAUGAGUUGUGUCAUAUGACCGUGUACGACCAAUCCUGGACCAGAACCAGGACUCUAACUGACUACUCCUGCAAGCCUACGACCGUCCUGGGUGGUGUGAAGCCAGCCAGUCUGGACAAAGAUGUUCAGGCUGCGGUCAUGUUUGCAGUGGAAUACCACAACUCCAGGGUCAACAGCAUGUACAGAGCAGUGGCACAAUCUGUGGAGCAUGUCACUGAACAGCUAGUUGCCGGAACCUUGUACACCUUCUCUGUGAGUAUGGUGGACACAACGUGCGGAAACAGUCCAGCCAACAAGGGCAAGGGACUGGAGGACUGUGCUGUGGCUGACAAGCCUGUGACAACUGCGUGCAGCUACAAGGUAUUGUACCAAGCCUGGAAGACACCCAAUUUCACUUUGGAGUCGGAGAAAUGUGGCCAACAGAAUGAUCAACCAGCUGCUCCUGUUUCUAACCAAAUUCCAAAGAUUGAAGAGCUCCUGAAACCAAUGUUGGCCGGUGUCAAGGUGGGCGACUCUCUACCAGAACUCAAGGAUGACCUGGCCAGUAAGCUGAAGGACCUCCUUAGUAAGCACAAGACGCCACGGCUAGAGGAACUUCUUGGACCUGACAAGACACUCCCACUGUUUGGUCUCCCCAACCAGCAGAACAAGGCACAGCUGUUGACCAAUAAGGUUGAGCCUUUGCUGAAGCGUCAGAAGAAAGAUUUUAUACCUGAUAACCUUCACCCUCUACUGGAGCAUAUUGGGACUGGACUGCUGGGAGCAUUUAAACAUGUAAUUGGAGGAGACAACCACGACUUUCAGAAACAUGGUGAAACGAAGCCUUUGAUUGGAGGAGGCGACCACGACUUUCAGAAACAUGGGGAGACAAAGCCUCUGAUUGGAGGAGGAGACCACGACUUUCAGAAACAUGGGGAGACAAAGCCUCUGAUUGGAGGAGGAGACCACGACUUUCAGAAACACGGGGAGACAAAGCCUCUGAUUGGAGGAGGAGACCACGACUUUCAGAAACACGGGGAGACAAAGCCUCUGAUUGGAGGAGGAGACCACGACUUUCAGAAACAUGGAAAGACAAAGCCUCUGAUUGGAGGAGGCGACCACGACUUUCAGAAACAUGGAAAGACAAAGCCUCUGAUUGGAGGAGGCGACCACGACUUUCAGAAACAUGGACGUGGCAACCUAGGUGGAGAUGGUCAUGACCUCUGUCAUGGAGGACACUUCAAGGACUUCACGAUCAAACAUGGAAAGGUUUACGAUACAGUUGAAGAGGAGGUCAAGAGAUUUGCCAUCUUCUGUGAGAACAUGAAAAUUGCUCGUCAACUGAACAAGAUUGAACAAGGAACAGCAGUAUAUGGUGCUACCAAAUUUGCAGAUCUUACACAGAAGGAAUUCAAACAGAAAUACCUCAGCAAGACAACUUGGGACAAGAUACCCAACCAUGGUGCCUCCACAAUGUACAGAGCCAAAAUCCCCCGUGGAGCUACCCCAAAAGCCUUUGACUGGAGAGAUCAUGGUGCAGUUACACCAGUGAAGAACCAGGGACAGUGUGGUUCCUGCUGGGCUUUCUCCACCACUGGUAACAUUGAGGGACAAUGGCAGAUCAAGAAUAAACGUCUCAUCUCCCUCUCAGAACAAGAGCUGGUGGACUGUGACAAGCUGGACGAGGGAUGUAAUGGUGGACUGCCUUCUAAUGCCUACAUGUCCAUCAUGAAACUGGGUGGCUUGGAGACGGAAGGUGAUUACAAAUAUGACGGGGAGGAUGAGAAAUGUGCCUUUAACAAAUCAGAGGUUGUAGUCAAGAUCAAUGGUGCUGUCAACAUCUCCAGCAAUGAAGAUGACAUGGCAUCCUGGCUGGCCCAAAAUGGACCCAUCUCCAUUGGAAUCAAUGCAAAUGCUAUGCAGUUCUACUUUGGAGGAAUCUCUCAUCCCUGGAGCAUCUUCUGCAACCCCAAGUCCCUUGACCACGGUGUCCUCAUUGUGGGCUAUGGCGUCGAGGGCAGUGAGCCAUACUGGAUCGUGAAGAACAGCUGGGGCCCUGACUGGGGAGAGAAGGGCUACUACCGUGUGUACCGAGGUGGCGGCGUGUGCGGACUCAACACCAUGUGCACAUCUGCUGUAGUCAACUGAAGAUGCCUCACCGCUAGCUGCAGAUCUGCGAUAUUCGCACCACAACACACAGAAUGAAUAGGAAGACAUGUUGGAAAUAAUGUCAUUCUGAAAAUAUGAUUCUCACUUUAUAAAAAGGGCACAUAUAUAGAUCUGAAUGUCAAAAGCAGAUCUGAAUUUCAAAAGCAAUUAUUUAACCAUAUUCUGUUUGUUGAGGUGUGAAACUUGUAUAUAUUCUAUUGAACUUUUUAUAGUAUACAUGAACCUCACAAGAGGAUGUGAUAUGUGGUAAUGUUGGGAGGUAAAUCAUACUUUUUGGGUCCUUCAGAAACGUUUACAGGUAAAUGAACAAAUAUGGAAUCUGUCCAAAUUAAGGCUCCUUUCACCCUAUUUAGAAUUUGAUCUUGCAACAUAUGUGCAAUAGCUAUGGUUUCAAAAAUAACUUUUUAUGAUUGAUUGUAUUUGAUUUGAUUUUUGGAGAUCAUUGAGUAAUAUUUGAGUGGAUAUGAUCUUUACAGUGAAAUGCAGGAAUAUAUAUUGCCCAUAUAAUCAUUGAGAAUGUACAUGUUUCAAUAUUAUGUAAAUUUGCACUGGUUUAUAUUUUAAUCCCACCUUUACAAGAGUUUGAAGCAACAUUUUGGUCAUGCUUGGUACUUAUAGAAAUUUGAUUUCUCACUGCAUCCUUCUUUCCCUUUGCACAUUUUUCCUGUCAAUCUCAGUCCUUGACAAACAUCAUAUUUAAUCAAGAAUCUAUAAUGGUCUAUAUUAGAUAAAAGAGUUUAAAUCCACAUUUGCAUGUAUUUCAAUUCUUGGUAUUCCAGAUUGUGUAAAUCUCAUGAGACCCAAAUAUCCACGCUGAAUUGUAUUUUUGUUAUUUAAAUCCAGAACAGGUAUUUUGAUACAGACUUUUAGUUUUGCUUAUGGACUGAAACUGUUGUGAAGCUUUAGCUAUUUAUCACUGAUAUUAUUGCUGUGACAAGAAGUGGGACGAGUAGGAGGUUGUUCAUGUAUUAUUUUAACCAUUGAAAACAUGUUCAGUUAUGUUACUUCCAUUUAUCACAGGUUACAAUGGUUGGACUCCUAUCUUAUUAAACAUUGAAAUAUUGAAACAUGCAGAUGAUGACUUUUGGAAAGGAUUUAUUUUGGUCAUGAUCUCCAAGAUGAAAACUAUCCGUGAAGUAUUGAAGUCUCGAAGAGAAUUAGUUGUAAUGAUGAAAACUGAUGAUAGGAUGGACCAAAUCAGUCACAAAACUUUUUUGAUUUUUUAGACAAAUUUAUUAAAUUAAUUUGGUUAGAAUUUAUUUAUCUGUAAUGCUGUAAAUUGUAAGAGAUUGUUCCACUGAGUAAGGUAAUCAGGAUUGGUCCCUUAUUGAAAUAAAGCAUUCCUUCUUUU